CGUUGGUAGUUCAUGGUUACAUUUCAAAGGUCUGCACUGCCCCAACUCAGAAGAGAGAGAAAGUUGCAGCUUUUAGUCUCUUUCUCUCUCUUAUUGAAAGUGAUAGUUGUCGCCGAAUUUCUCUGUGGUCUCUCAAUUUCCCGCUUCUUUCGUUUGCUCUUUUGGCUUAUCCAUUUUCGCUUUAUUCAUUGCAAAACUACAUUGGGCUCUCAUAUCCUCCAUAUGUAUUUUUUCCUUUCCAGGAUAUCUGGUUUUCCUAAGGAGAUAAAAUCUACAUAAGGAAGAUGUGAAGAACAGCAAUGAUCAGAAUGGAAAGCACAUUUUGGUGCUGAAAACACCGACCCAUUGUGAUUGUAUUUAUUUAUUUUUUAUUAUUUUUUGUGUCUUCUUCUCGACUGCGUUUUUGAAGAUUGAGCUGUGAAAAUAUUGCCAACAUUCUUUGAAAACAACCAAGUUUCAAGUGUACCAGAACUAGGAAGAAAAGAGGAGUGGGUGAGAGAUGAGCUCAAUUGGUGGGGAAGAUAUAACACAAUGGGAUGCACAAGGGUUAAGUGGGCACGAAGAGAAGAUAUUGGUUUCAGUCAGGUUAAGGCCAUUGAAUGAGAAAGAAAUUGGAAGAAAUGAUGUGUCAGAUUGGGAAUGUAUCAAUGAUGACACCAUCAUAUUCAAGAAUAGCUUACCAGAACGAUCACUGUUUCCAAUUGCUUACAAAUUUGACAGAGUAUUUGGGUGUGAGAGCUCCACAAGGCAAGUAUAUGAAGAAGGAGCCAAAGGAGUUGCUCUUUCAGUUAUCAGUGGUAUCAAUUCAACUGUUUUCGCGUAUGGCCAGACAAGCAGUGGAAAAACAUACACCAUGAGUGGGAUUACAGAACAUACAGUAGCAGAUAUAUAUGACUACAUGAGAAAACAUAGUGAUAGAGAAUUUGUAUUGAAAUUCUCUGCGUUGGAGAUCUACAAUGAAUCAGUCAGAGACCUCCUCAGUACAGAUAGUACUCCACUAAGACUCCUUGAUGAUCCAGAGAGAGGGACGGUCGUUGAAAAACUUACAGAGGAGACUUUGGAAGAUUGGAGCCAUCUAAAGGAACUGCUCUCUAUCUGUGAAGCUCAAAGGCAAAUAGGGGAGACCUCUCUGAAUGAAAUGAGCUCCAGAUCUCAUCAAAUUCUGCGAUUGACAGUUGACAGUUCUGCUCACGAACUUUUAGGUGCUGAAAAUUCAAGUACUCUCACAGCCAGUGUGAAUUUUGUUGAUCUCGCGGGAAGUGAACGUGCUUCACAAGCAUCGUCAGCUGGUAUGAGAUUGAAAGAGGGUUGCCAUAUAAAUCGCAGUUUACUAACUCUGGGAACUGUUAUUCGCAAAUUAAGCAAAGGAAGAAAUGCACACAUUCCUUAUCGAGACUCCAAGCUGACACGCAUACUACAAAACUCUUUAGGAGGAAAUGCAAGAACUGCCAUCAUUUGCACUAUGAGCCCUGCACGCAGUCACGUCGAGCAAUCAAGAAAUACUCUGUUGUUUGCUAGUUGUGCCAAGGAGGUCAGUACUAGUGCGCAGGUUAAUGUGGUGAUGUCGGAGAAGGCAUUAGUAAAGCAGUUGCAAAGAGAAUUGGCUAGAUUGGAGAGCGAGUUGAGGAGUUUGGGAUCGAUUUCUGCCACAUCUAAUACCAUGGCAUUACUAAAAGAGAAGGAACUUCUCAUUGAAAAGAUGGAUAAAGAGAUAAAAGAGCUAACUAGGCAACGCGAUCUUGCUCAAUCUCGAGUCGAAGAUUUGUUACAAUCAGUUGGAGAACACCAAUUUGCAAGAGCAUUGGCCAAACCUGAUCAGCUUUUGAAACCCUGUGAGCAAAAUGCAUGGGUACAUGAAAAUUCAGCUUCUGAAUCUUCAGAGGUGGUUGAUCCACAUCGCUUUGAUGUUGCGUCUAACACUUAUGAAAGAUCGGAAAGCCUCAAGUUCAACAAGCUUGAACUGCAGCUUCCUGAGAAUUCAGAAGACUGCUUUCUACUUGACAGCAUUUCUCCACAACUGUUUAUGAAUAAGUUUUUCGGACCUGAUCCGUGUAAGGGUUGGGAAAAUAUUGUUCAAAAAUCUGAUGAGGACUCCGAUGAUCAGUGGAAGGAAGUUCGAUGUAUUGAAAUGGAAGAGCCAAGCAAGAACAAAAAGAUAAAACCUGAUGCAAUAUCAUCUCUGAAGGAGGGAGCUAGGGACCCGAGUCACACUCAUUCGGGCCCAACCUAUGAAGCUCUAAAGCAAAAGAUUCAGGAUAUGCAAAAAACUAUUGACUACCUUGCCAGUCCUUAUUAUGUAGAACAAUCUCCUUGUUCCUCUGAAACAGGUUUAUCUGGCUCUAGAAGUUUGGAUAUAUCUAGAAGCAAAAGUUGUAAAGCAGUUCUUACAUCUGUUUCAUCAUCUCCAUGGUUUCGAGAAGCUGAGCAAAUGGAGAAUACACCACAUUAUUCUGAGAAAGAUUUUCCUAGCAGACCAGAAGGUUAUCAACCAAAGUUUUCUGAAUCAGAGUCCGGUUCUAACUUAGAAAAGUUACGUAGAAAAGAUUCCGGAAUGUCUGAUGGAAGUUUUUCCAUGGAUGAAAAGGAACAGAAUAUUAAAAUGUCAGACGAAAGUGAUAUUGCUAGCAUCCCCUUUGGUGCCACAGGGCUUGAUGAAGUGGUCAACUCUAAGUCAGAGAAGAAAUUUGGCGAUGAUUUGGAUGCUGAGGCAAAGACUAAUGAGUCAAGUCAAAUUGUUAAGAAUGGUGGUUCAGAUAUAGAGCAGGGUUCUGUGCAAUCCCCUUCUAAUUGGCCCUUAGAAUUUGAGAAGCAGAGGAGAGAGAUAAUCGAAUUAUGGGAUGUCUGCUAUGUACCUUUGGUCCACAGAACCUAUUUUUUCAUGCUCUUUAAAGGUGAUCCUUCAGAUUCUGUUUACAUGGAGGUGGAGCUUAGACGCCUGUCCUUUCUCAAGUAUACAUUAUCUAAUGGAAGUAAAAUUGUGGAUGAUGGAAAAAUUCCCAAUCGAGUCUCAAGUAGGAGGGCUCUCAAUAGAGAGAGAGAGAUGUUGGGCAAAAAAAUUCUGAAGAAGUUCUCAUCAAAGGAGAGAGAGGCCCUUUAUAAGAAAUGGGGCAUUGAGUUGAACACAAAGCAGAGGAGACUGCAAUUGACGCGUCGACUAUGGACAGAUACAAAUGAUAUGGACCAUAUUAAGGAGAGUGCUGCUCUUGUUGCAAAACUGGUUGGGUUUGUAGAGUCAGGUCAUACACCAAAGGAAAUGUUUGGACUGAGCUUUGCACCUCGACCCAUCAAAUUCAAGUCCUUCAGCUGGAAAAAUAGCAUGUCUUCUAUAUUGUAAAUGCUGUCAGAUGUACUAAUGUAGAAGCAAACAUAAAUGGAUUUCAUAUAUGAAGAAUCCCCUCAAAUUUAAUGGUGUGCAUUUGAAA